CUGAGGGAUCUCGUUUGAAUUAAAAACGAGUUUUUUCUUCCCGCAAAAUUAAAAUAUUACGCUCAUAAAUGAAAGAGUUCCUUAUGAACAGUGUUGCGCAUGCGUGAGUAACGUCAAUGUUGAAAAACACGCGUGACGAGUGUAGUGAUAAUUUUCGAUAAAUAUAUUAUAAAAAUGUUGUUAUAAAUUGAAUGUGACCUUGAAAAUACAAAAAUGGGCAAGGAUUUUGGUUUGGACGCUAUUUUGGCGGAGCUCAAACCGUUUGGAAAAUAUAACAUAGUGAAUUAUGCUUUGCUAUUAUUCCCUAUAUAUUUGGCGGGAAUGUAUGGUUCGGUAUUUGUGUUUGAAGCUCCGGAUAUAAAUUACAGGUGCAACAUCCCACAGUGUGAAGGCCUCAAUGAUAGUGACUGGUUAGAAUACGCAAUACCACAAGAAAAGAAUGGACUUUCGAAAUGUGAGAUGUAUCAAGUGGCAACAAACAGUAGUAAUACUUGCAAGAUGGAUGACUUCAACAGAUCUGUUGUCGUGAAGUGCCAUGAAUAUGUUUACAGCGAAGAAUAUUCAGUGGUCAAAGACUUCAACCUUGGCUGUCAAAAUUGGAAAAGAACCCUAAUAGGGACAGUUCACAAUGCCGGCCUAUUUGUAUCACUGCCUCUAACAGGAAUCAUAUCAGACAAGUAUGGCAGAAAACUUGCCUUGUCUAUCGCUUCUCUCAUGAAUGGUUUAUUUGGAUUUCUAAGAUCAUUCUCAACUGGCUAUGUAAUGAUGCUUGUAUUCGAAUUCCUAGAAGCUGGCUUAGGUGCUGGAGCAUACAGCACUGCAUUUGUAAUUGCUAUGGAAUUAGUUGGACCGAAAGGCCGAGUAUUUGGUAAUACUUUAAUAAACGGCGUUUACGUCAUGGGCUUAAUGUCUCUAGCCUCUUUCUCCUGGUGGUUACAAAGCUGGAGAUUUCUCUUAAGACUUAUCUAUACUCCUGCAAUUUUUGUCGUCUCGUAUUAUUGGAUUCUAAAUGAAAGUAUUCGAUGGCUGCUCAGUAAAGGACGUUAUCCAGAAGCCGCCGCAAUUAUUCAGAAAGCAGCGAAAAUUAACAAAGUAAAAUUAUCAGAAGAAGUUUUAUCCCCAUUGUAUGAACUGGAGAAGUUAAAUGUACCGGAAAAUAAAGAAAACCGAGCGAAUGACGUUAGUGUAGAAAAGGAACCCUCGAAUUUUAUGAAAGUGAUCAAAUCUAGUAUAAUUAGAAAAAGAGUAGCUAUUUGUUCGUUUUUAUGGAUAACGUGUACUUUUGUGUAUUAUGGGCUAUCUAUAAACUCAGUCUCUUUAGCUGGUAAUAAGUAUGUGAACUUUAUGCUAGUAGCUUUUGUGGAAAUUCCAGCGAAUAUUGUGUGUUUGUUAGUGCUAGAUCGAUUUGGAAGAAAAAGAGUGCUAAUCAUUACAUACGUUUUGAGUGCGUGCUUGUGUAUAAGUUUAUCAUUUCUGCCCAAAGAUCAAAAAUGGUUAUCUCUCGUAUUGUACCUCUCGGGAAAAUUCUCCAUCACCGUAGCCUACAGUUCUGUGUACAUCUACGUGUCUGAAGUUUUCCCUACCAACGUCAGACAGUCUCUGCUGGCAGUUUGCUCAUCAUUAGGAAGAGUUGGAUCAACUUUAGCUCCACUUACACCUUUACUCACAUUGUACUACGACAAUUUGCCGGCGAUUUUCUUCGGGAGUCUCGCUUUAGUCGCAAGUGUGCUCGUUUUCUCUCUCCCCGAAACGAUCAACGUUCCUCUCCCAGACACCGUAGAAGAGGCUGAGAGAUUAUCUAAAAAGAAAAACAGGACUGGAUCAAUUUGAUUUAUUAAUUCGAAUAAUAAAGUCUGAAAAGUACCGAUAAUUAUUGAUACUACUUCUUGAACAACAUCACAGAACUGAUUGUCUUACUCUGAUAUAAGUAUAAGCUAUGAUUCAUUGAAGACAACUAAUAUUUUUAUAUGUAACAUUUUUGAUGUCGUUAAGUGCCAUAAAUUUUCUUCGAUAUUAAUGCAAAGCUUGAUUUAUUAUUAAUAUGUAAUGCUCAAAACGCUUCCGUGACUAUGGAUAUAGAAAUAUUUUAGUAUUAAGAUUUAAUAGGUAUCAAUAAAUACCUAAACAAUCAGCACAUAUUGCAGUUAAGCUAUUGUUUAUAAAUACAAAAUAUUUGUUUUAUUUAAAAAAUAUAAUAUAAUAAAGAUUAUACAAAUAGCUCUUAAACACAAACUACGUACAAACUAAUUUUAAGAAGAACGAAUUGUAAGGCUGACUGUCUUUUUUUCAUGCUCAACUUUAUUUGUAGUUUUAACAAUACGUGCCAUUGACGAAUAGAAUGACAAACACAAAAAUGUCAUCAAAAGAUAACUCGCUAUAUACAAAUUAAUUUAAAAGAUGGAAUAAAAAUAUUAAUAACGUAACUUUAAUUCAUAAUAUAAAUAGAGAAACAUGCAACCUUUUUUGUGUGAUAUCGAUAUAUUUGUUUCCUGCGCUCGAUUUAAUUGGAAAGAAGCCGAUACUGCUGUAGCCAAAGAAACAAGGUUCACAGAAUGUAAAGAGGAAAUGCUUUGAAGUUUGAAAUAUAACUUAUUAACAUUUUCCUCAUAGAGAUAAAUUCCUCUGCCAAGUGAGAAUUAUAAAGUCUGUAACAAAAUUAUAAAACUAUACUAACAUAUAAAAAUAAAUGGUGAUGUUUUUUUUAUUGUGAAGCUAUUAAUUAUCUUCACACUGAUAUACUGUAUUGUUACU